AUGAAGUUUUCUUCUUCUGCCUUCGCUUGGUUCUUUGCCGUCGCUACUGGACAACAGGUUGUUGUGUUGUCGAACAACAAGUCCAGCAGCAAGAUGGUGUGGCGUGAUGAUGACGCCGAUGUUGAUGUUCCUGUGCUCCUGGAUGAAGAGGAGACAGGACUUGUUGAAGUCCCGUUCGAGUUGGUAGAACUCGAACAGGCGGUUCUUGUGGAUGUUGUCGCGUGGCGCGGAACACCACUGGAACUUGCUCCUUCUGGAAGCUUUGAGCUUCCGCCUCACCAUAAAUUGACCAUGACCGAGGAGAAGAAGGACGGACAGUCGCCAGCGAAAGCGACGACAGUGUCCUUAGAUACUAUAGAUAUGAUGACAACGCCCAUAGAAAACGUGGCCAACAACCCCAUCAACAACCCCAUCAAUGACGCCGAUCAAAAGGUGCUCAUGAUGUUCCAGCCUCACCACAAGAAUGUCGAUGGUGACACAGUGUGCGUUGGCGGUGCCGAAUUUCCGCUUUACAACACCAUCAGCACUCCAGCUCAAGUUGCCGCACGACGAUUCGUGAAGGCUGUCCGCCCACUCAAGGCAGCCACCACCACCACCGUCGUCGUCGUAGUCGAGACUGUUGUAGAGGACGACAAUGACAUUGCAGAUGAGAAGAUGGUGAAGACUUCUUCUGCCGCUGAUGCAUACGGCCCUGGUGCAAUUGUCCUUUACAUUGCUCCCAGUGUCCAACAACACACCACCGUCGUAGUCGAGACUGUUGCAGAGGACGACGAUGACAUUGAAGAUGACUUCUCGCUUCCUUCUAUGACUGAUGAACAGGAUGCGUUCUUUGCUCAAGAACUUGCAAAGUAUGUCGAACAACAACAACCACAACCCGUCGAGACUGAGGAAGAGAACGACCAACAACAACAACAACCACAACCCGUCGAGACUGAGAAAGAGAACGACCAACAACAACCACAACCCGUCGAGACUGAGGAAGAGAACGACCAGCAACCUUGCGUGGUGAUUGAGAACUUGCCGGAAGACAUGCCGCACUCAAUCAAAUGCUGGACAGGUGACAACGCAUGCUACAAUAGCUGCUGGGUUGAAGUUUCUGAGAUGACAAGUGUGUUGUCGGAGGACGAGUCACUGGAAGAGUUGUUUGUCGAUGUCGUGGUGAAGGACAACAAUCAACAAGCCGACAAUGUUGAGGAGGACAAUGUUGUGGAGGACAAUGUUGUGGAGGAUUGCGAUGAGUUUUCCCUGACUGCCGAAGAAAUUGCGUUCAUUGAACGAUACGAAGCCAAGCAAGUCGAGACUGUUGAAGAGGACGACAACAUUUUGGGGAAUGAUGACGAUGACGAAAGCAUCGACGAUUUUCCUCUGACCGAUGAAGAGGAAGUCUUCAUUGCUCAGGAACUGGCCAAGCAGAAAGAUCAGACUGAUGAAGAGAAAGAGUUCAUUGCUCAGGUACUGGCCAAGCAGCAAGUCGUUGUAGAGGACGACAACAUUUUGGGAGAUGAUGAAGAUGACGACGAAAGCAUCGAUGAUUUUCCUCUGACCGAUGAAGAGAAAGACUUCAUUGCUCAGGAACUGGCCAAGCAGAAAGAGCCAAUCGUUGUCGAGACUGUUGUAGAGGACGACGACGAAUUCGAAUUGGACGCGAAGGUGGCAUCAACCGAUGAUGGCUACGGUCCUGGGGCAAUGGUGUUGUACUUGCCCCAAGUGAAUGCAUUUGUGGACGACAAUGCGGAACUAGAGGCGGCUUCAAUCGAGGAGCCCGUCCAACAACAAACACAACCACGACGCAGUCCACGGCUGGUAGGAAAGGCUGCAGCUUCCAAGGACAACAAACCCGAGGCGAAAACGGGCAACAACAAAAAGUCAAAGGCAACAACAACAAAGGGCAAGGCGCAAAAGCCCAAGACAGCUCGCAAGAAGCAGUCGACAACCACCACAACAACACCAGCUUCGACUGAACGGCGGACAACUCGAUCCGGACGCCUGGUCAAGCAACCUAACUGGUUCAUUCCAGCAUAAGGCAACAACAAACAAUCUACAACGCCAGCGUCGGACAAUCAUUCAUUUCUUGGAAAUGACAACAAGCAACAACAGCAUUGGACACUCGAUCCAAUGGCUAGUCAACAGCCGACACUCCUUGCAGUAGUCGAGCAACAACAGGUAAGUUCCAACAUUGCUCAUG